UGUCUCAGUGGGUGGGGACGGUCAUUCGUCAGCUUUCUGGACACAGAGACCUACAGGAUGGAUUUUCUCCGGCUCCAUCUCCCUGGGCUGCAUCAGGCCUUGAGGGGGGCAUUGGAUUCCCUCAGCACCUUCGUCUCCUACCUUAUGGGCGAUGAGGUCCCCACUGCAGAGAGGAGGGAGGCGAGGGCAGCUGAGGAACUGGGGGAGGUGGCUGCAGGAAGGCCAGAGAAGACUGAAGAGAAGGAAGCCCAGGAGGCCUUUGAGGGCCUUGGAGGCAGCCAAAGCAAGGAGGGUGGAGGGCUGAGAGGGCCUGGAGAGGCUGCAGGAUGCCAGGAGGGAGGUUCAGCUACAAAACAGACCUGGGGUUGGGAAGAAGGCAGCUGCCAUGGGUCUCAAGAAAAUAAGCAGGACACUGGGGCUUUGGAAGCAGCCAAAGCUGCCAGGUGCCAGGCGCCAAGUGCCCACUUAGAGGCCACAAAGACGUCCAGGGCAGGGUCUAAGGCUGAUCCAGACAACGGCAGCCAAGCGGAGAAGAGUCAAGGGCCCAAUGAGCAGGAAGCGAAGAGAGAGGAGACACUGAGAACCUGGGAACAGGAGGAGGAGGCGGAAGAGAUCAGGGAAAGAAAACCAUGGGUGGCCGGAAAGGCGGAGUCAGCGUGGACCUGGCAGAGGGAGCCUGAGGGGAAGGUAGCAGGGGGCGGAAGGGAGUCAUUAGAGCAGGUGUUUAAGGAGGCAGCGGCUGAGGAGAUCCAAGGGCCUGGGGCCAAAGAGGCUGAGAAGGAAGAAGAGGUGAUGGUAGUCCUAAGGGGUCUCCAGACCACAAGGGUACAGAAAACACAGGAGGCAGGGACAGAAUCUGGGGCUGGGGCAACUUCAGGCAGGGAGGAGGACAGGAUGGUCUCAGGCAGGGACGAGACUGGGAUAACCUCAGGUGGAGAGGAGGAAGCUAGGACAACCUCAGGCAGGGAGGAGGAGGCCGGGACAGCCUCAGGCAGGGAGGAGGAGGCCGGGACAGCCUCAGGCAGGGAGGAGGAGGCCGGGACAGCCUCAGGCAGGGAGGAGGAGGCCGGGACAGCCUCAGGCAGGGAGGAGGAGGCCGGGACAGCCUCAGGCAGGGAGGAGGAGGCCGGGACAGCCUCAGGCAGGGAGGAGGAGGCCGGGACAACCUCUGGCAGGGAGGAGGAGGCCGGGACAACCUCAGGUGGAGAAAAGGAGGCCGGGACAGCCUCAGAUGGAGAGGAGCCUGGGAUAACUUUAGGCAGGGUAAAGGCCAGGACAACCUCAGCUGAGAAGGAAGGUGGCUUCGUGGGAGCCAGGGAGGUAGAAUAUGGGGCAGUGGUCUCAGGAGAAAGGAUCUCAGAGGACACUGGGAUGACCAGGGCAUUAGGGGAGAGGGCCAGGAAAGACGGGGAGGAGGAGGCAGAGGAUAACAGAAAGGCUGAGAUGAGCUUUCCCCGCAAACAGACCCAGCCUCUGGGAACCGAGGGCAUGGAGGAAGCAGGGAAGGAUGAAACAGCAGGGAGGGAGCCUGUAGAAGGCCAGGGGUCAGAGGGGGAGGGAGAGGGGUUUGAGGUCCAGGCAGAUCAGGGAGGGGAAGAGGCUGAGGGGAGGCAAGCCUCAGUGGACAGGACUGCUUCGGGCAGCCUGGAGGAGGUGAUGCAGGCAGAGAAGACCAAAGAGGAGGAAGAGCGUUGCUGGAUGGCAGAGGCUGAGUUGCCCGUGAGCAAAGUGGCAAAUGAGGCUGAAGGCGAUGCUGGCUUGGAGGCAACCCCAGAGGCCAGCCUGGAGCAGGAGAUUAGGGAGCAGAAGAGUGAGGGGGAGGCUCUGGCAGGUGGAGAAGCACUGGCAUUGGAGUGCAGUGCCCAUGAGUUCGAGGUCACCGAAGGCCAGGACCCUCAGUUGAUGGCAGUCUCUCAGAUCCUUACAGAGCAGCCUGAGGAAGGACAGGGGCAUGAGGAAGAGCCCUGGGGCAUCCCAGCCCUGAACAAAGGGGAGGCAGCAAGGAGCCUGGAGGAAUACCCCAGGAUCGUGGCUUGUGGAAAGCCUGACCACUCCAGGACAGAAGCCCAGAGGAGGGACGUGGAGAGAGGGGAUUCCCAGAAACUAGCAGAUGCUGAAGAGGGGGAGGAGGAGGCCGAGGAGGCCGAGGGAGACCGAGAGUCUGUGUUCCCAGAUGUCCUGGAGACAGGCGGGGAGUGGAAGAAAGCUGAGGAAGCAGGGUGUGGAGCAGCCGAGGGAGAGGCCCCCGGAGCACAGAGCCAGGCCCUGGGUGGAAGGUUCGGCGCAGACGCAGGGGCAGGUGGGUCACUGGGAGAGUCAGGUGCCAGAGAAACCGAGGAUGAGGAGACAGAGGCCACGGUGCCCUGCCGGGCAGACACAACCCCCAGUGGACACUGGGGGCUGGAGGAGGCAGCUCUGAGCCUCCGGGAAGACACCGGGGCUGGUUGGUCGGCUGCUGAGAUAGUGGGGGAUCAGGCGAAUGGCAGGGCCCCCGCGGCUGGGGGAGGGCCCGAAAGAGAGGUUGGGGAAGCUUGGGAAUCAGAAGGGAGGCAGGAGGCUGGGAGAGGGGAAGAGCUGGUGGAGGCUGAAUGGGAAAAAACCCGAGGGGAGCCAGAGCCUGGCCCAGAGGGCUCAGCAGACGUGGAGGUAAAUGGCAGAGGGGGCCAAGCAGGGGCUUUUGAAGCCGGAGAGGGUGAGCCCAGGGGAGAUUGCGAAGAGGUCAGGGAAGCUGCAGGAGCAGAGGGAGGCAGUGGGAUGGAUGGCGCGACCUUGGGUUCUCCGGUGGCAGUGAGGGGAGAGGGGACCAUGGCCACAGGAGAGGCCGAGGGGCUCCUGGGAGGGCAGACGCUAUUGGAAAAGGAGGCUGAGGGUUGGCAAUGGGAGGAGCAGGGGCAAGGCAGUGAGGGGCGGCGUGGGGACCACCACCCUGAGGAAGAGGCACAGGGGCCCCUUGCUGGGGAGGAUGUUGAGCUGACUGAAGACCAGAGAGCAGAGGCCGAGGAGAUUGUUCCAGAAGGCCUGGAGGACAUCCGGGGCCAGGAGGACCAGCCAACAGACCAGGACCCUGCUGAGGCUGAGCCUGGGCCACGUGGGGAGACCGCAGGAAGGACUGGAGGGGAUGCUCAAGGCAGCUGGAGUGAGGCCCUGCUCCCCGGGUCUCGCCUGGAUGUCUCUGUCUCGAGGAGCCGUGUCCUCCUGUCUCGAAGCUCCUCACAGCGUCGCUCCCGGCCCUCUUUCCGACGGACCCCUGCUCCUGGGCAACAGGAGGAGCCUCCCAGCCCCCCACCCGAGGAAGAGCACUCAGCUCCUGAGCAGAGACUUCUCCAGACAGAGGAACCCCCAGAGGCAAGCCCCCCAAGGCCUGAAGGGACCCCACUGCCCACCAGGAGAAGGCCCCUGGGACACGGGUUUGGCCUUGCACACCCCGGUAUGAUGCAGGAACUGCAGGCCCGGCUGGGCCGGCCCAGACCCCAGUGAGCGCCCCGAGCCCCUGGGACCGGGCCCUGAAUGAUCCGCCCAGAAGAGUCCACCAAAUCCUGCUUGGCCUCUCGCCCUUCUGCCACUUUGGACACACCCUUUCCGCCCUCUGGGCCUUCGUUUCUUGGUAUGUCAUUCUGGGAGCAGACAGAAGCAGGCGUCUGUGAGCAGCUUGAACAUGAACGUGAACCGGAGGAGACUGACUCUGCUUUGUGGCUGAUGGGCUCCCGGGCCUGGUGGGACUGCGCCUCUCACGGCCUGUCCUGACCACCCCUCCAACUCGUCUCUUCGGGACUGAGGGGACAGGACAGUUCUCCUCACAGACUUCGCCCCCUGACCUCUCCGAGGUCCACACCGAGGCCUCCAGAGGGCUGUGAACCAGGAACGAAAAGCUCAGGGGUGGGCGGUGGCCUAGAGAAAAGGGGACAGGAGGCCCUUCGGAGCUCCCUCUGUGAUCAGAGGUUGAUGGGAGCCCAGCUACCCAGUUUGGGGGGAAGGUAGGCCAGGAGCCCCCGAAAGCUUGGAGCAGAGAGGGGUCCAAGGGUGGCCAGAGACUACAGACUCUAGCCAGGCCCUCUCAUCCCUUGGUGUCAGGUACCCCUUCUGUGAAAAGAAGCUGAGGCUGAGAGAGGAUGAGAGUGCUUUAUUCGGCAGCCCGCGUGGCAGACUAGCCUGAGGACAACUAGCAAUAAAUAAACCAUCAUUUUUCUAAACAAUAAAUAAAUAUCCAAGAAAUAAAUAUCCGGCAGGGCCUGGAGGGGCCUUAAGUUAUUGGGUGGGGGUUGGGUGGGAGGCCGGUGGAGUCCUGCCUUGUUGAAGGCAAACGAGCUCGGAGGCUGUCCCGUUGCCCUGAACCCAAGGGCAAAGGGAAGAGGCUGAGAAGUCACUCCGUCAGGGCUGGGAGCCGCUUGAUGCGCACCCCGAGGCUGGCGCUGGGGUUCCGGCUUGGGAGAGCAGGGUCAGGUCCCUCAUGGCCCGAGCCAAGACGAGCUCCAGGGAGUGCAGCAGCUGGUAGGUAUAGAGAAGCUGGGGCCAGGUCGGCUGCACCGACAUCUGCAAGGGACCGCUCGGAGCACCUGGGAGCAGCCCCUUCCUCCCAUUGUCUUCCUCCUCGGGGAGGCUGAGUCCGGCAGCCAGCACCUGUGAGGAAAGGCCCCGUGGGUCAGACAAUGGCCACGCGGAGACCCCGGCAAACCCUUGUUCCUUUCUGUGGCCGGAUGGUCCAGAAUGACAUCAUAUGUCACAAGGUCAUGAUUUCCCUGGACAGCCCCUGCUUCGGGUCUUCCAUUAUGUCAUCAUCUCAAGUGUCCUGCCUGAUUUUUUUGGAUGCAAGAGAAUGGAAGUCACGGAGCAAGAUGCCACCCAUGGAGCUGGCCCACCACCCCAGGAUUGUCCCGGGCAUUUGGGAUUCCCGGAGUUCUUCUCCUAAGGGUCAUUCUGAGAUCCGAAGUGGGCCGAAAGGUGGCAUAGCCAGUAUUCAUGCCGCUUACAUUUUCUGUUUUCCUCUUAUUAAGAAUAAAACACCUAUUUCCCUUGGAAA